GCCGCGCUCGUCUCCAAGUACCGGUUCUGCUGCUGUUCGGCGCGCGACCGUGUGACCAACAAUACAUGGGCUAAGGUGAUUGUGUCGUCUGUGGAAUAUGUGACAAGAGUUGGAAAGUACUUGUCAUUACCGAUUGGCAACCGGUUGAUCAACAAAAAAAUCAACAUGAAAGUAAAGGACAACGAGCGAGUGAUUUUACAAGUUUAAGCGACUUACGCGCGGAGAAGAAAAUAAUUGUAUUGUUGAUAAUUGGGGAGGCCAUGAGGAAGUGCGGGAGUGGAAAAGUAUAGUGUAAGAGUGACGAGUGGGACGAUGGAGGAGGAGGACGGCGGUACGUGCCUGAUGGGCUGCAGGUGUGGGCACCUCCGUCCGACCAAAGCGCGACUCGUACUACUGGCCUCACUCGUACUCGCCGCGCUAACGACAGGCCACGGCAGCAUCACCGGGGGCAAGCGGCUAGUGCGGAGACUUGUUGCGCCGGCCAUAGUGGACCCAAGGGCGGAAAAGGUCACGCUGAGCUGCGAGUACGACCUUCACGGGCAGCAGCUGUACUCGAUAAGCUGGUACAGGAACGACAACGCGUUGUUCAAGUACUCGCCCAGCCUCGACCACUUGAGGGGCCAGUUUUUCGAGCAGCCCGACGAGCCCGACGUCAGGGUCAGUCCCGAGAUGAGCAACAGCCGGCAGCUCGUGCUCCUCGGCAACGGGGACUUUCGCAAAAACAAACGAGCCUACGAGGGCACGUACCUGUGCGAGGUGGCCACGGAGGAGCCCUUUUUCUCGGACUACGCGGUCGCGAACGUCACCACGGCCAUUUUGCCGAAGAGCAGCCCCGUCAUCGACGGCCUCGCCCCCAACUACAACGUGGGGGAGCAGCUCGACGCUUCCUGCCUCGCGGCCCCGAGUCUGCCUCCGGCGGAUCUCGUCUUCUACAUCAACGGGCGCAAGAUAAACGAAAAAUCGACGCGCAGCGAACGGACCCUCCACUCGAUCGGCGAAGCGGCGACUUCCUCCCGACUCUCGGUGUCCCUGCGGCUCGAGCGUCACCACUUCAACGCCGGCACCCUGACCCUCACUUGUCGAGCGACUCUUCCUGGCGUUCCUGUCGUAGGCGAGUCUCGAAGCGACUACACCACCGAGAAAUCGGCAACUCUGAGCACCAGCAACCAGAGAGCAGCCAAGCACUUGACUGCGGCUGGUACGAAAAUAGGGACGAGUUUGCUCUUCCUGGUAAUGGUAUGUUACGUCAUCGUCGUCCACUAGCCCGGGAUAUAUUGCACUGUUUUUGUGUUUGAAUGAGAAAUCGGUUUAAACAUUGUGAUAGUGAGUUAAAUACAUCCUCGUAAAAAUGUGAGCUUUAAUAAACUUUUUUAAAGUUUUGUAUCAUUCGACUUUUUAAGUAUAGUUUAUUCAAACUUGAUAAAUGUUACGUUACGGAUAUGCCUGCUAAACACUCUGACACGAAUGUCUGCAAUAUUAAAUUUAAAUUACUAUCAUUACUUGUACCAUAUUAGUCGACUCUUCAAAGCCCAUAUAAAAAAAGACUUAAUGAUGCAUUAUUUAAAAUAUUUUUAUAGAGACACCUUUUUUAACGUAAUUAUAGACAUAUUAUGGUAUCAUCAACAUAAUCCUUGUAUCCGAAAUGUUAUGCCAAAUUUUUAUUAACCUUCAAAAAUAUUUUUGCUAUUUUAUCCAUUUUAUAUUUCAUGCAAUGUCGAAAGGAAAUGUAAAAAUAAAGCUUUUUUGCCACUACACUUACAAAUAAUCCAUAAAUAGCCAAAAAGUUAUUUAUAAAGAAUGGGACAGUGGUACGCGUACCGCUUGUAAUGUACAUAUCAUUUGUAAAUUGUAUUCGAUGUAGAAAAAUGGAUGUUAAUUAUGGACAUUGUAUAAAAUAAUGUUAGCGCCAAACAAGCCGUUUGGCAAACCCCUGCAUAAAUAGUCACUAUGUCAACGUACGAUAUCGACCGACCACCACACAUAGUUAUUAUACAGAGUCACUGCACUUCUGAGAGUGCGUAUGUAACUAUUCCCAAACGGAAAGCCAAAAAUCAGCUAUAGAUGUAAAAAAUAAAUAUGAAAAGUUGUAUAAGUUUUAAAAGAGUUUUAAAAAAUACA